UGCAUAUUAUUUUUUAUUUUGAAAUUUCUCGCCUGAAAAAUUGUUUAUUAUCGAAACCUACUCUGAUAUCGUCUAUCGACAGCUCCUAGUAUAAGACUUAACCUAAGACGUGACAGUAUAACAUGUCAAAUUGACAUUGCCAAGCAGAAUUUUUGACAAAUCGCUUAAUACGCGCGCUUAAUUCACACAACGUAAACACUACAGUUGUUUGGUGAUUCAAUAUUUUGUACGUUGAAGUUUAAAUGGUUUAUUGAGCAAUCUUCUAACCUCCCUGUGGGAGCUGCGCUUGGGUUGCUUUCUGCGUAGUAUUUUACGUAUUUGAGAGUGUUGUUGUUGUUGUUGUUGUUGAUCUAAAAUGGUGUACACGUGCCGCCUGUCGGUGUAACGCUUCAUCUAAUUUAUAUAUACUACACGUACACCGCUGAUUUAGUUUAGCGAACAAUUAGAAUAGCAAUGUUUUGUUUUGCUGCCGUUUUAAUUAUGUAUUUUUUGAUUUGAUAUGUACACACUUACGCGAGCAUCAAUUCGUGCACGCAGCCAACUUCACGUGAGAGUAAAAUGUGCGCAGAGCCAACUUCACGGUAGUCAAAAACGUAAACAACGACGAAUGGUAAACAAUGGAUGACAGCGACGAAAUGGCUUGCGUCUUAGACGAGCAUCUGCUGUCAAACAUAAAAAGCAGUGGUAAUAAUCGCAAUAAUGACCAGCGAAUGGAAGAUGAGAAUUUAGAAAUGGAUCUUAAGACUACAGUCGAAGGUCACGCAGAUCCGCUGCAGGAAACAUCUUCGAUGCCAUCUAACUUUGCGUGGCUUUUUAAUGAUGAAGACAUUCUGCUUGAUGAUGCACAGCUCACUGAGGAGGAGGUACAGAUACCUGGCAAAGGUCGUGGUAAACGUGGACGGCCUUCAAGCAACGGCGUCAGUUUCUAUUCUAGCAGUGGUCACAUCUGGAACGUGAUGGAUCGUGAUGUGACUCCUGUACAGGAGGAACUGAUGGUUCCUAGGCAGCAAGCUUGCGGUAAAGGGCCGGCAAGAUCCGUUUCCAAUGCUGUGGAGUCUUGGAUGCUAUUAUUUGACGAUGAAAUGUUGCGCCUGCUGCUACGCCUGGUUAACGAGCGGAUACGCAAGCGAAGAACCAGUAAUGCCGCUGAACGGUCCGUAGAUCUCACAGAGCUGCGCUCUUGGCUGGGCUUAAGUUAUUUGUGUGGCGUGUUUCGUAAUGCACAGUACAAUGGACCGCUGGAAGAGCUCUGGACGCUAGAGUUAGGAAAUGCCAUCUUCCGUGCCACAAUGUCGCUAACACGCUUCGAGUUUAUUGCAAAUUGCUUAAGCUGCCAGAGUGAUAGCAGCUGGAACGAUGCACAGCGCCUGUGGCAAAAACUACUUAUAAACUGUCGCUCUUAUUAUGGACCCAGUGGUUGGCUUUGUGUGGAUGAGCAGCAGUCUCUUGAUAAUGUGCUCCUGGCACUCUGCUGUGAUGCCAAGACUCUAUAUAUGACCAAUGCGUUACUUAGGAAGCCGGAGUUGAAGCCCAAUAAGGAGCUGAUGCAGCUCAUUUGCGAUUACAAAACCACAGGUCGAAAUGUUACGCUAUGCUCGCAUUUUGUCAGCGUCAACCAUUGCGAACAACUGCUCCAGUGCAAUUUAAGUAGUAUUUGCACAUUGCCCGCCACUUCGUUGGAUUUUCCUAAAGCAUGGUCGGGUGGAACCCUUAUAAACAGCUCUAAGAAACUAACCCAGCAAUCUGGCGUAGCAUUGCUCAGCUGUGGCUUGAACAGGCAAUUAAAUGCCUUGCAAACGCAACAGCACACUUUCCAAUCCUGCAACCAAUUUUUCGAAUUGUCUAACAGAUAUAGUACAGCUUUGUCUCUACCUGCAAGUCUGGCGGGAGCUAAGCCCGGUUUAUUCCUGCAGCUGCUGCAUUUGAUGCUCAAUGUGGCAGCUGUUAACGCUUGGAUAUUACUCCGACUAUCGCCAAAAGGCGAUGCCAACAUGGAACAACGCGACUGCCAGCGCCAGCUGGGACUCUUUUUAACCCAGCAACGUUUACAACGCCGUCUGCAUCGUCGGUCUGCGAAUACAACGCUUGUUAUGCGUUUGCAAAUUUGUGAGAUUUUGGGUCAGUCUAGCCAGCGGCUGUUGAGUGAAGCCUCGAAUGAUGCCAAGCACUCGAAUGGAGUAGGCGUCAUUAGUGUGGCUAAUGCCAUGUUACCCGAAAGAAUCACUUUGGUCAGUCGCUAUGGAGAUAGGCAUCGUCGUUGCAAGCCCUGCGCUCGCAACAAGCGUGAGAUUAAAGCGCGUUCUCGUUGCCAACAGUGUCAGGUGCAUCGAUGUGGCAAUCAUCUAAUCUCACGCUGUUACGAAUGCAUGGGACUUGCAACGUCGCAGUUACCUGAUGGCAACAUCAAGGACAUUUAAAAUUGUCGACAUAAUAUACCCUACGAAUAACAAUAAAAUAGUUAAGCAAAGUAUAAAAUCCAAUAAAA